UACAAUCUUCAUUCUUCGCCAAUUCUCGAAGAAGAUCUUCUCGUUCUUUCAGAUUUCGGAGAUGGCAGCCUCACCCAGCCUUUCAGCUCCUCUCCGCAUCUCCCUAUCUCCUUGCUCUUCUUCAACUCCUCCUUGUCACGGUCAAUCUUGCUCUCCUUCCGUGGGAAUCCCUCGCAGAAACUUGGGCACAAAACUCGUAGCUUCCGCUUUGCCUCGUCCCUACGGCGAUUCUUUGUCAAAUGGAAUAUCGAAGAAUGCUUUUGGGUUGCCUUUAGAUAUAGACGAGCAGGCUAUCUAUGGUUCUAGUCUCAGGUCUGCCGAGGAUGAUGGCAAGAAGGGUAACCCUCCCAUAAUGCCAGCAGUGAUUACACCUGGAGGAGCUUUGGAUCUGUUGUCUGUGUUGUUUCGAAACCGGAUUAUCUUCAUUGGCCAGCCAGUCAAUUCACGAGUUGCUCAGCGUGUCAUAUCGCAGCUUGUGACUCUAGCGACUAUUGACGAGAAGGCAGAUAUUAUGGUCUAUCUGAACUGCCCUGGUGGAAGUACAUACUCCGUGUUGGCAAUCUAUGACUGCAUGUCCUGGAUAAAGCCUAAAGUUGGCACUGUAUGUUUCGGAGUAGCUGCAAGCCAAGGAGCUCUUCUUCUUGCUGGUGGAGAGAAGGGAAUGCGGUAUGCAAUGCCUAAUUCCCGAAUAAUGAUACAUCAACCACAGAGUGGAUGCGGGGGUCAUGUGGAGGAUGUGAGGCGACAAGUGAAUGAAGCUGUUCAAUCUCGCCAUGUAACUUUCUCUCCCUGUCUCUAGAAUUUAUUUUAUGCACACUGAUCUCCUAGAAAGCUGAGAAAAUAAACUAUCAGUUCGUUCCAAGUGCUUGAAGUAGACUUAACAAUGGAAUCUUCUUCUUGGCUGAGGGAAGAAAGUUGACAAGAUGUAUGCUGCAUUUACUGGCCAACCUCUUGAGACUGUGCAACAGUACACAGAGAGAGAUAGGUUCCUCUCUACAUCCGAGGCAAUGGAGUUCGGGUUGAUUGAUGGCAUUCUGGAAACAGAGUACUGAACUUAGAUGAAGGAUUUUGUAUGAAGUAGGUCACAGAAUACCUUUGAAAAAAACACUGUCCCUGAACUUCAGAUCAUGUUAGCAGAUAAACAUGUCAUUGUAUUGUAUUUUCUUCAUCCUGAAUCAGAAUGGAGGCUGUAAGUUUGCACUAGGGCAAUGCCAAAUCCUUUUAUUAAGUCUUCUUUUCAGUGCAUUUUUUAUUA